GUGCCCGAGGGUCCGCUAUGGAGCUGGCGGAGCCGGGCGCUCGGUAGCCCAGCGGGCAAGGCAGGUGCCAUGGCCCUGAUUGAAGGGGUGGGUGAUGAGGUGACCAUCCUUUUCGCGGUGCUUGCCUGCCUUCUGGUGCUGGCUCUCGCCUGGGUCUCAACACACACUGCCGAGGGCGUGGAUCCACUGUCCCAGCCAUCAGGGACCCCACCAUCAACACAGCCCAGCGAAGCCAUGGCGGUCACUGACAGCAUCAGAGGGGAGGCCCCAGGAGCUGAGACCCCGAGCCUGAGACACAGAGGUCAGGCUGCACAGCCAGAGUCUGGCAUGGGGCUCCCGGCCACACCGCCACCCCAGGACUCCCCCCAAGAGCCCCUCGUGCUACGGCUGAAAUUCCUCAACGAUUCAGAGCAGGUGGCCAGGGCCUGGCCCCACGACACCAUUGGCUCCCUGAAAAGGACCCAGUUUCCCGGACGGGAGCAGCACGUGCGACUCAUCUACCAAGGGCAGCUGCUAGGAGACGACACCCAGACCCUGGGCAGCCUUCACCUCCCUCCCAACUGCGUUCUCCACUGCCACGUGUCCACCCGGGUGGGUCCCCCACACCCACCCUGCCCACCGGGGUCAGAGCCAGGCCCCUCCGGGCUGGAGGUAGGCAGCCUCCUGCUGCCCCUGCUCCUGCUGCUGCUGCUGCUGCUCUGGUACUGCCAGAUCCAGUACCGGCCCUUCUUUCCCCUGACAGCCACCCUGGGUCUGGCCGGCUUCACCCUACUCCUCAGUCUCCUGGCCUUUGCCAUGUACCGCCCGUAGUGCCUCCACGGGCUCUUGGCAGUGUCGCUGGCCCCUCCGGACCUUGCUCCCCACGACACGGUGGGAGCUGCUGUCUGCCCCGGCCGGCCUCUCCCACUUGCCUCUUCCCACUACCCUGGAGCCCAGCCCUGCGCCGCAGAGCGCUCCGGGGGCCGGCGGAGGCCCCUCCCUGUGACCUUCAUGGCUCUGGGCCACCUUCUGGGGCUGCUGGCCCUCAGCCCCCACGGACAGUCAGCUCCUCCGGGUCAGACAGCUGCUGUCGCUGCCUCGGCCCUGGGCAGAGCCCGGCCACGCCCCUAGGCCCUUCUUAGUGUUCUGCCUGAAAACCCAGCCACCUCUAGUCCCUGAGAGCAUCUUGAGCUGAUUUAGGGACCCAAGGACGGGAGCGUGGGUGGGAAGGAGGGGGUUCUCUGGAACAUGUGCAGAUUAAAUAACUGUGAAGUUUUCA